CCAUCAAAACAAUUUUCCAUCACAUUCAGGCACGUGUUGAACUUUAUUAAAUUCUGUUAUUAAUAACGUUUCAUUUCAAAAAUAUACCAAAAAGUAACAUUUAACUAAUUGGAGGAGCAAAAUGAGUAAGAAAAGUAAGACGAAGUCUGGCGACCUUGGGCGCGCACUGAUAAAAAACCGUUUCGGGAAGAAGUUACACCGUAAACUGGAUAAUGAAACUAUGCUACACACUACCGAAAUUCAGGACGGCUACGACUGGGGUCGUCUCAAUCUGGCGUCAGUCACGGAAGAAUCUUCUUUUCAAGAUUUUCUGCGUACUGCUGAGUUGGCAGGCACUGAGUUCCAGGCGGAAAAACUAAAUAUCGCGUUCAUCAACCCUAAAUCCAACGUUGGUUUGCUUUCUAAAAUGCAACAAAAACAUAUGGAACAGAAGCAUAACGAACAUCGCAAUAUGCUGACAAUUCCACGCCGGCCUAAGUGGACAGCAGAAACUACUGCAGAUGAGUUGCAACGCGCUGAAAGUGAAGCCUUUUUGGAAUGGCGUCGUUCAUUGGCAAAGUUGCAAGAAGAUGAAGAUAUUUUGCUUACACCGUACGAAAAGAAUUUGGAAUUCUGGCGACAAUUGUGGCGCGUUGUAGAACGAUCGGAUGUUAUUGUGCAGAUUGUGGACGCGCGUAAUCCUUUACUUUUCCGAAGCGUGGAUUUAGAGCGCUAUGUGAAGGAAGUGAACCCGGCAAAGAUGAAUAUGAUAUUGGUGAAUAAAUCUGAUAUGUUGACGGACGAACAACGCGAACAUUGGGCAGAGUAUUUUGACUCGGAAGGCAUACGCACUGCAUUCUUUUCUGCCACUAUGGCAGCAGAGGAAUUGAAAAAAAUUGAUGAAGAACCCAAUGAGGAGGAGAAACAGCAAGAAAGUAGCGAAAGCGAUAACUCCAGUGACAAUGAGGAGUCGGCAAGCGAUGCGGAUGGCGAAAACGAAAGCGAAACGCAUGUUGAGAAAAAGCGCACAGAAUCGACUCGAUCUAUAACAUCUUUGGAUGACGUUAAACUUGCUGCCGACGAAAUAAAGUCCACCUUAGAUAAUAUAAAUAACUUAUUGGGCAGAAUAGAACAGAAAAUCAAUCCCUUCGGAGCUGCAGCUAAAGAACAAAUUCAAAAUAAUCCAAAAAUACUAACACGUGAAGAACUCAUUGAAUUAUUUAAAAAAGUGUACAGCGGCAAAACAUUUACACCUGAUCUUGUUACCAUCGGUUUUGUCGGGUAUCCAAAUGUGGGCAAAAGUAGCACCAUAAACGCACUGAUGAUAGAAAAGAAAGUAUCGGUAUCGGCAACGCCCGGUAAGACAAAGCAUUUUCAAACUCUACAUCUAGGCAGCGAUUUGCUGCUGUGCGAUUGUCCCGGCUUGGUGAUGCCAAGUUUUGUACUAACAAAGGCUGAUAUGAUAUUGAACGGGAUACUGCCAAUAGAUCAGAUGCGCGAUCAUGUGCCCCCUGUGAAUUUGCUUUGCUCGCGCAUACCACGACAUGUGAUGGAGGGCAAAUAUGGCAUACUGAUAACUAAGCCUAUGGAGGGCGAAGAUGAGAAUAGAGCGCCAUAUGCAGAAGAGUUGCUACUCGCUUAUGGAUACAAUCGCGGCUUUAUGACAUCCAACGGUCAGCCGGAUCAAUCACGUUCGGCACGUUAUGUCUGCAAGGACUAUGUAAAUGGCAAGCUGCUUUACUGUGUCGCGCCGCCCACCGUCCCCCAAGAAGAAUAUCAUGUAUUUCCACCUAAAAUGCAUAAAGACAUCGUUGAACAAGAACUGCCAAGUCAACAACAGCGCGCUAUGCGGAUAAAUACAAAAUCAACUUCGAAGGAUAUCGACAAAGAAUUCUUCGCUGCAAAUAGCAGCAAAGCUUAUGUGAAGGGGCGCAGCAAUUUUCCACAUGUACGCGUUACCAAUGACGGCAAUUUAGUGAAUGCGCCACCCACAAGUAAGCCUUGGCGCACUGUAAAGAAAGAGCGCCAUCAGAAGUUGCGUAAAAAGUUCUCGCAUUUGGAUCAGCAUUGAACGAGGGCGAAAUAUAAUAUUUUAAUUAAAUUUUUAUUUAUAUUAAAAGUGAGUUUAUUAUAAAGGGUGAAUUUUUAACUUUGUACUAGUAAUGUAAAUAUGAAUAUUAAAUAUUUGUGAUUGAUAAAAGUCUAAA